UUCGUGUAUAGGGUUUAUUCCCGAAAACAUCAUUUACGAAUCUAACCUCCGACAUCACUCAAACUAAAUAACCAAAACCGUUACACCGUUCAACAUGCGAAAAUGAAAAACAGAACAAACCACUAGUAACAUUUUUCCACCACCGUCACCGUUAUUAACGAUGAAAUAUUCACGCUUUCUACAAUUUUCACGUCUCCGAAAAACCCUAAUUCAAAACCCUAAUUUCCCUUCUCCUCAAAUUUCAAAACCCUACAUCACCACACCAAAUCAACACCAAUGCAAAUUCACCUCAAUACGCAAUUUCAACACCGCAUCGCAAGAUUCCGAAAAGGUAUCCGCGAUCGUGGAUGAACUUACCGGAUUAACGCUUUUGGAAGUAAUGGACCUUGUUGAUUUGAUGCGAGAGAAAAAAGGAAUCAAUGAGCUUCCGAUUAUGAUGUUGAUGGUUCCUGGAAUGGGAAUCAGAGGAAUACCGAGGGGUGUGGGUGGAGCGAAAGGGGGUGGUGGUGAAAAAGGAGCGGAAGAGAAGAAGGUUGAGAAAACGGCGUUUGAUGUUAAGCUUGAUGGUUUUGAUGCGGCGGCGAAGAUUAAGAUUAUUAAGGAAGUUAGGACUUUUACUAGUUUGGGUUUGAAGGAAGCUAAGGAUUUGGUGGAGAAAGCUCCUACUCUUUUGAAGAAAGGUGUGACGAAGGAAGAGGCGGAGAGUAUUAUUGCUAAAUUGAAGGAGGUUGGAGCAAAAGCUUCUAUGGAAUAAUAAUAAGGUAAGGAAAAUGUCAGGAUGAACAUCAAAAGAUGGCGAAGAGGUUUUGUUUUUGUAGCAGCUAGUGCCUCACGCCCAAGUUUCCAUUGGCAAGUUAUGGAGGUCACCGAAGGACUUUUCAUAAUGCAAAGCUGUUAUAUUUUCUUGUAUUUGAAAACUUUGCUGAGCUCAUAUUAUGCUCAUACCGCUCUCCUUUUUACAUUUUCAUUUUUCCCAGUGUAUCGGGCUCUUUUUUCCCGAAAAUUUAUUUAUCAUUUUUUAACCAAUGUUGUAGAAUUGACUUAUGAUGGUGGAAUGUUAGACCCAAUUAGAUGUCCACUGAACUACAAUAACAUCAAUCAUGAGUUCAUGAGCACCUGGAUUUGGAGUUGCAACCUACAACUUAAAUGCAAUCCCUUCUUUAA